AUGCUCCCACUUUGGAUAGCUGCUCUCUUACUCUUCGGCACAUCAACAGGAAAAGAAGUUUGCUAUGAAAGGGUGGGGUGCUUUAAAGACGGUUUACCAUGGACUGGGACCUUGUCAAGACAGUUGGCAGGUUUGCCCUGGUCUCCAGAGGAGAUAAACACUCGCUUUCUGCUCUACACUAGACAUAAUCCCAAAGUCUAUCAGGAGAUCAGUGCAAUUAAUUAUCUAACUAUCCAAACCUCACACUUUGGAACAGACAAGAUGACCCGUAUUAACAUACCUGGAUGGAAAUCAGAUGGAAAAUGGCAGCAAGACAUGUGCAAUGUGUUACUGAAAGCGGAAGACGUGAAUUGCAUUAACAUAGACUGGAUUAACGGUUCGUUGGAAUACAUCGACGCCGUCAACAAUCUGCGUGUUGUUGGGGCUGAGGUGGCGUAUUUUAUUAAUGUUCUCACGAAAAAAUUUGGAUAUUCUCCUUCUAAAGUUCACUUGAUUGGCCACAGCGUGGGAGCACAUCUGGCUGGGGAAGCUGGGUCCAGGGUCCCAGGCCUUGGAAGGAUAACAGGGUUGGACCCAGCCGGGCCAUAUUUCCACAACACUCCAAAUGAGGUUAGGCUGGACCCCUCGGAUGCCGACUUUGUCGAUGUCAUUCAUACAAACGCAGUUCGCUUGCUCUUUGAGUUUGGUGCUGGAACUAUUAAUGCUUGUGGUCACCUUGACUUUUACCCAAAUGGAGGGAAGCACAUGCCAGGAUGUGAAGACUUAAUUACACCUUUAUUUACCUUUGACUUCAACAUUUACAAGGAAGAAGUGGCUUCCUUCUUUGAAUGCAACCAUGCCCGCAGUCAUCGCUUCUACAUGGAAAGCGUUCUCAAUCCUGAUGCAUUUAUUGCUUAUCCUUGUAGAUCCUACAACUCUUUUAAAGCGGGAGAUUGCUUCCAUUGUCCCAAAGAAGGUUGCCCAACAAUGGGUCAUUUUGCUGAUAGAUUUCACCUCAAAAAUAUGCAGCCUAAUAGAUCAUAUUAUUUUUUAAGCACUGGGUCUCUUUCCCCAUUUGCCCGUUGGAGGCACAAAUUGUCUGUCAAACUUGAUGGAAACAACGUCACUCAAGGGACCCUGUUUCUCCGUGUAGGUGGAACAACGGGGAACACGGAGGAGUUUGUGAUGGCCAGUGGAACACUGAAGCCAGGCAUGACUUACACAAAAUUAAUUGAUGCAGACGUUAAUGUUGGAAGUGUUACAAAUAUUGAGUUCAUUUGGAAGGAACAUUUGUUUGGGCAUUCUCAGAAUAAGUUGGGAGCAGAGGUGGUAAAAGAUAUAUCUGGAAAAUAUGGAUAUGAAUCUACCUUCUGUAGCCAGGAUAUCAUGGGACCCAAUAUUGCCCAGAUCCUGAAACCAUGCUAA